AUGUCGUCGCCCAAGCAGUCGUCUGCCGAGAAGAAGGGCAAAGUCCGCGAGACCUGCCGCCGCGGCCCUGAGGAUGGCUUUCCUUUCAUCACACAGCGUGUCACCAAGCCGCUCGAGGAGCCAGUUGUCGUGCGCAGAGGUCCACGCCCUGCCGGUCCUCAUCGUGCCAUCAAGAAAGUUGCCGCCGAAUCCGAGCGCAACGCCGUUCCCGUUGGAGACACCACCGAGCGCAACACGUCCAAGCAAGUUGCUGCCACGCAGACCUCAGCCAAAAACCCUCCCGCCGUCUCCGCCAGUGAUUCGAAGUCGUCCUCUCUCGUCUCCGACUCCGCUCGCGGCCAGCACCACACCAAGGACAACUCGAGAAUGAUCAAACCUGCUGGCGAACCUGAAACACUCUCCACUACCAUGCCUGGUUACGCUGACUCAGACGAUGGCGGCGUCGGUCUUCCUCAGCACAUCACAACCAAGAACGACCGUGACACCGCUCGCAGCGUUGCAACUCAAAUCACCUCUGACAGCACUGGCUUCGCCUCUGGUACUCCUGAGAAUGUCCCCAAGCACGACGGGGGUCAGCUCAGCGCGGCCGCAGACAACAUGGGCGCUAGAGGUGUGACUGAUGAAGGCGAUGAGCUAGCUCGCAUAUUUGCAAAGCUUGAUGCACUCAACAGAUCCCGUCGCGGACGCUGA